AAUUGGUGUAAUUCAGAGAAAUUAAUGACGACUUUCCGCGGGACGGCUCCCUGGGGGAUGAUUAACACUUCAUCGUCCAUCUGAUGCGCGGGGCCCAGCGCUCCAUCGCGAACAUUUGGGCCGUGGCCAGCCGCAUUAAAGGGAGGGCAUUGGUGUGGACUUCAAAGAAUAGCAGGUCCAGUUUGAUGAGGCGGUCCACCAUAAGGAGAGAAGAUUUGUGGGUCUUCUUCCUCCAGGCUCAAGAAUAUCCAGACUUCUUUGCUGUGGGCCUGGUGGUGUUGCUCACUGGAUUGCUGGCUCUGAGGGCCAGUGAGUUUGUCCCAGUUACUACAGUGUUCACAGUGGUGAACCUUUUGGUUCUUGGUUUUGUCAUCAUCUCUGGCUUCAUUAAGGGGAACCUGCACAACUGGAAGCUCACAGAAGAGGACUACGUAAUGACCAUGUUUAGACUCAAUGACACUUCUGGCUUGGGCCCUCUGGGCUCUGGAGGAUUUGUGCCUUUUGGCUUCAAGGGAAUUCUCCAUGGAACAGCUACCUGUUUCUAUGCAUUUACUGGUUUUGACAGCAUUAUUGUCGCUGCUGUCGAAGCCCAGAAUCUAAAGUGUUCUGUCCCCAUGGGCAUUGUGAUUUCAGUGCUCAUUACGCUCAUGAUGCCUUACUACCUGCUUCGACCUGGGAUCCCCCUGCCUGAGGCAUUUCUCCACAUUGGCUGGGACCCUGCCUGCUAUGUUGUGGCUAUUGGAGCCCUCUGUGCUCUUUCUACCGGCAUCUUGGACUCUAUGUUCCUCAUUUGUUGGAUGAUCUAUGUGCUGGCAGACGAUGGCCUCCUGUUCGGUGUCCUUGCCAGGACGUACACCAGAACAGGCAUCCCAGUCGUGGCCACUGUGGUCUCGGGCAUUAUUGCAGCUUCCGUGACAUUCCUCUUUGGACUCACUGAUCUUGUGGACCUCAUGUUGAUUGGGACCCUGCUUACUUACUCCCUGGUGGCUAUUUGUGUUCUCGUUGUCAGGUAUCAGCCUGAAAUGAAGGAUGAAGACAAUGCAACAGGGGCUCACCAGGAGAGGGGACCUGUGGCGGAGAAGCUGUCCCCGUGGGGACUCUUUUGUCCGGGCAGCCCCGCCCCCACUGCACUCUCUGGCUGGGUUGUCUCUGUUUGCGCCUCACCGCUUGCUCUGCUGCUGACUCUUCUCUGCCUGGUGCUGGCCCAGUGGCCAGGUCUGCUGCUUUCUGGAGACCCAGUGUUGGUUACAGUGGUUGUGUUGCUCCUGGUGCUCAUCACUGGGAUCACUGGGGUCAUCUGUAGACAGCCACAGAGCUCCACUCCCCUUUACUUUAAGGUCCCUGCUCUGCCUCUCCUCCCACUCCUGAGCAUCUUUGUGAAUGUUUACCUUAUGAUGCAGAUGGCAGCUGGCACCUGGGCCCGAUUUGGUGUCUGGAUGCUGAUUGGGUUGGCUAUCUACUUUGGCUAUGGGAUCCAGCAUACGUGGAGGAUUAAACCCACUUUAGUCAGGGCACAAACUGAGGACCUUGAACUGAGUAGUGCCAGUUCGAUUUGA